GAGACCGGGUCCGCGAGGGCCGAGGCUGGGUGCGGUGGGGCGGGGCCCCCUCGUGCAGCGGUGCGGCAGUGGCGAAGCCCCGGGCAGUUGGGGCGCAGGGCGGAGAGAAUGGGGCGUCCAAGGUGUUAGACGGCUCUCAGCUCUCAGCUCUCUGUGUGCAGCCGUCGUUUCUUGGCGCGGCCCGUGUGAUGGUGCCCGGAGGAAGGAAGCGCCGUGACAGCGCCUCAGUCGGAGCCCGGGUUCCGGGGGUGAGGAGGCCCGGGGACGGCGGAGCUGGCGAGCUGGCCGCUGGCUGGGCGAGCGGUCACAAUAGGAGGCGGCGGCCCAGCAAGAAGCCGCGGGAGCAGCCCCGCAGGGCGGAGCCUCCCCUCACAGAGUGAAGAUAGUCCGAGUCCUAAGAGACAGCGCCUCUCUCAUUCAGUCUUUGAUUAUACAUCAGCAUCACCAGCUCCYUCACCACCAAUGCGACCAUGGGAGAUGACAUCAAAUAGGCAGCCCCCUUCGGUUCGACCAAGCCAACAUCACUUCUCAGGGGAACGAUGCAACACACCUGCACGCAACAGAAGGAGUCCUCCUGUCAGGCGCCAGAGAGGAAGAAGGGAUCGUCUGUCUCGACAUAAUUCCAUUAGUCAGGAUGAAAACUAUCACCAUCUCCCUUAUGCACAGCAGCAAGCAAUAGAGGAACCUCGAGCCUUCCACCCUCCGAAUGUAUCUCCCCGUCUGUUACAUCCUGCUGCUCAUCCACCCCAGCAGAAUGCAGUAAUGGUUGACAUACAUGAUCAGCUCCAUCAAGGAACAGUCCCUGUUUCCUAUACGGUAACAACAGUGGCACCACAUGGGAUUCCACUCUGCACAGGCCAGCACAUUCCUGCUUGCAAUACACAACAGGUCCCAGGAUGCUCUGUGGUUUUCAGUGGACAACACCUCCCUGUUUGUAGUGUGCCUCCUCCAAUGCUUCAGGCAUGUUCAGUUCAGCACUUGCCAGUACCAUAUGCUGCAUUCCCACCUCUCAUUUCUAGUGAUCCAUUUCUUAUACAUCCUCCUCACCUUUCUCCCCAUCAUCCUCCUCAUUUGCCACCACCAGGCCAGUUUGUCCCUUUCCAAACACAGCAAUCACGAUCGCCUCUGCAGAGGAUAGAAAAUGAAGUGGAACUCUUAGGAGAACAUCUUCAAGUAGGAAGUUUUACUUAUCCCCCAUCAGCCCAUCCCCCAACAUUACCUCCAUCAGCUCCUUUGCAGUUCUUGACACAUGAUCCUUUGCAUCAGGAGGUGUCCUUUGGAGUACCUUAUCCUCCAUUUAUGCCUCGGAGGCUCACAGGACGUAGUAGAUAUCGAUCUCAGCAGCCAAUACCACCUCCCCCUUAUCAUCCCAGCUUACUGCCAUAUGUGUUAUCAAUGCUUCCAGUGCCACCUGCAGUGGGCCCAACUUUCAGCUUUGAAUUGGAUGUGGAAGAUGGAGAAGUAGAAAAUUAUGAGGCCCUCUUAAACUUGGCAGAGCGACUGGGAGAGGCUAAACCUCGAGGACUGACUAAAGCAGAUAUUGAACAACUUCCUUCUUAUCGGUUUAAUCCUAACAAUCACCAGUCAGAACAGACUUUGCAAAUCGUACUUGCCCAAUUUGCCGAGCUGAUGCUUCAGAAGUGCAUCGGGAUUCAGAAUGACCAACCUAAGAGCACAAAUUUAGUUUGGGUGUUCCUCAUCACAUGUAUAUACGGACUAUCCAUUGAACUUAAUCUGUGUGGCUUCCAGCCCUCCCUUUACCAAAAGGGUCAAUGGACCUUUCUUUGCACUGUGUGACUUAAUCAACUAUAAAAGCUUACAAUUAGUCUUCACAAUUAUGGGAUUGUUAUACUAACCGUGUGAUUGGAACUCCAAAGAAUUUUUCUUUAGCUUAAUUUUGUGUGUGCACUAACAUUCCCUGGUUUUUUGUGUGAUCAUUCCGAGUGUUGCUGCAAGAUUACAGUGGACGUGAUCUUUUAGCAUGUGCUUUUAUAAAAAGUGGUAGCUCCAGAUGAUAUAGCAAUCUACCUUAUAUAGAGCCUUCAGAAACUGUGAGUGGAAAUGAAUGCAGCGUAUGACUGUUGAUAAAUGUUUUAUCUGUGUGUGUGAGAGAGUGUGCAACUACUUGUGAGAGGGCAUGGUAGCUAACGUGUGUAUGAGAUCCUAUAUACCAGCAUGUACCAAGAAUGUGUGUGUAGUUUUAAUUAUGCUGCAAUGUAUAAUCUGGUGUGUUAUUUAAACAGCACUAGUACUGUACACUGGUUUCUCCCCUUGUGUUUGCUGUUGCACACUGGUUGCUAAGGGUGCAUCAAUUAUAAGCAUUGAAUACUCCAUCCCUUCCUCCUAAUGAAUGGAAUGAGAAAAGCCUUCUUCCUUUGCUUCAGGCAGCUGUCACCUUCUCUUCAUUGGUGGUCCUAAGUGGGUCACUUAAGAAAAAAAGUGUAACAGAUUCUCACUCCAUGAACCUGAGUUUUGAUUCUGUUGUGGAAAAGAAAUUUUUAAAUCUCCAACUUGCUGUUUCCAAAAAGAAGGUGCAAUAUCAUACAUCAUCUGUUAGCAAUAUUAGCAUUUCAAUCAAUGAUUUGAAUGUUGAUAACUUUUUUCUUUUACAAUUUCAGUAAGCUUCUUACAGAAAGUACCUGUGAUGAUUUUUUAAAUUUUUUCUUUGUAUAGGUGUGUGUGUGUGGGUGUGUGUGUGUGUGUGUGUUUAGAUUUAUAGUCCUUUCUGAAGAUAUAUGAGUAAUAUAUUUUUAAGAAUACCACUGGUCCCAUGAAGUCUUGCCUCUUUGACUUCCACCAGAACAAAAUCUGUUAAUACAGCUUGAUUUCCGAUGUGUAAAACUUUGUUCAGGCUCCCAUAGGCAACUAAAUUAUUUCAAGAAAACUGUUUUUCUGUUCAUAUUAAUUCACUUGCCAAGCUCCAAUUCUGAAAGUUGUCUUAGUUCUUUCCUCAGUAAAUGUGCUUCUUUUUGAAGCCCUUGUUUCAGGAUGGAUCAAGUGCUUUGACAGCUUGUGUUCCUUAGACCUGAUUUGCUUUGAUAUCUUGCCACUCUUUUAAUUUUUGUUUGAAUAAGAAAAAGCUUAAUACAACAGAUGUCCAGAAUACUUGCAGUAUAAAUGAAGAUUUGAUUUUUGUAUAAAAUAAUGCUGUCAAACAGGAAUUGACCCUCAUUGAGUUGAUCUGAAAUAAUACAUAGCUGUAUUUUUUUAAUAGGUUCAUUGAGCGAAAUUCAGAUUGUUUAAAGUCAUUUUCCCAGCAACAUUUAGAUUCCUUUCUCAUUCUUUUAGUGUAUUCAGCAUUGUCUGCCUCCUCCUGCAGUUGAUGUCAUUGCUUUGUUUGCAGUAGCACAUGCUGCAUUAUUCUAGUCGGGACUGUGAGAACUUGUUGCCAGCCUCACUCAGCUCUCAGUUGGCUCUGAGUCAGUUUUGUACUCAGACAGUGUUAAUUACUUGUUACUGCCAUGCUGCUUGCCCUCCCUUGAAAUCUAUAAGCUCAUCACAGCCUAGAGUUCUGUAAAGUCAAUUCACACAGAAGCACAAUUUUGUCCUCUUCCAGACACUGUUGCCUCUAUCUAGUCAUACAAAUAGGAUUUUGCAUACUUUGCCCCUAGAUUUGUCAGUGCAUCAGAAAUACAUCUCAACAGUGGUAAAAUGCACAUGUUACUGUUAAAUCAUUAGGAUAAUUCCCUUCCUGUUCCUGAAGAGUAAAAAGUAUGUUAAAGACCAAAAUUAUUGGCAUAUAAUAAUCAGCUACAUACAAAUCACGUAUAGUUUUAUCUUUAUUUUUUUUAAUUAAAAAAAUCAUGUUUAAAAUGGCAAAAACCCAUCUUAUAGACUUCUUUUAUAUAGCUACAAAAAUUUAUAUCUGUACAGAUCUAACAUAACACUACUACACUCAGUAUUCAUUUUACUGAAGCAUGCAAGUUAAAGCACUUUUUCUAAUUUAUAUAGAGAUACCUAAUUAACAAGGCACAUUAUACUAAUGACUUCAGGAGAAGUAGCUUUUUCUCCCCUUCCUCUGACUAUAAAUUCCUGUUGUAAUGUCCCUUUUCUAGUAAAUUUUUGAGAGGCAGUUGGCAAUUUAGGAGGCAGCAGGGUCUGAAUUUAAUUGUUGCACUGUUGUGGCUGAUCUCUUGGGGAAUGCCUUGUCUUUGCAUGGAGCUCUUAGAGAUGUGUCCAGACUUGCUUACCAAGUGGUUAGUGCAUAUUAGGAGCACACGUGUGUGUGUUCUGACCAGCUCAGACUAGCCACAGUGAGCAACUCUGUGUCUAGCAUAUGAGAAAGAACAGUUGAUUUCUUGCCCAGCUGUUACCACUGGUGAUGUGCCAGAUUGCAGGCAGAUGUUGGUUUGUUGCCUUUAUCCUCUUUCCUCCUAAAACAACAUUGGCUUUACCAUCUUAACUCAGCUGUGGGUUUUUUUUUUUUUUUUUUUUUUU